UUUUAGUACAGUUUAAUAUAAGAUACAAAAUUAUUUGUCACUCCAAAUCCUUUCAGGGAAAAUGAAUCUAAUUUCUUUUGAAUAUUUCUGUGACUUAGCCAAGAUCUUAAAUGUAAUUUAAUGUAGCUGCUUAAUGCAACUCAUAUUUCACCCAGGAAAGCUGGGAUAAGUACUGUACUUGUGUGAAGUACUGUGAAAGCUGCGGCUAAAGAUGUUGCAAUGUAAUCUUGUCUUUUCCUUUUUCCUAAGAGCUUAAAUUGUUUGGUGCGGACAGAUAACUAAUUCGAGGUUGUGUCUUUCAUUCAGCACAGAUUUGCUAUAUGUUGUUGAUAGAUUGUAUGGCAUGUGGCAGAGAGACGGGAACAUAAGUCACCGAACUGAAUUCCUGUCUGGAUUACAAAUGUCAUUUUGCAAGCUGAUGAUCAUCUGCGUUGAUUACCACAAUCAGCAAUGCUGUGCCUGCCAGAAAGAUGGCAUUGAGGUUGAAUCUGGAAUUCUUGUUUGUAGUGGAGUAACCAAAGACUUGAAAUACCAGACUUGCACACACAAAAGCUGAAGGGUGCCGUGGGUGCCAUGAUCGUUAGAAAUCAAAACACCUUCUCAUAAAUUAUAAGUAUGAUUUACAUCCUUCUUAAAUAUGGAAAAGCUAGUUUAAGCAGUGAUCAAGUAAAACUUAAAAAUAACCUGUUUGCUCCAGGAUGCAUGAGAUGCAAAGUUUUAGACAGCUGGCAGGUAUAACACACAAGCGAGGAAGUCUGAGGAACAAAAUUCCGUUUCUUUCUGCGCUGGCCCCUGCAGUUGUUCGCAUCCCCUCAGCUUUCCUCAUGACAUGUCAAAGGUUGCAGGCCAAGUCUCAUUCUCACCUCCACCUUGGUGCCUGGGGCGAAGAGCUCGCUUUUUCAGCUGAAGUGCACAGCGAUACCAGUUUGAGUUUCACACCAAAGCAUGAGGCUUGAGCUGCCCAUUCUUCUACACCUUAUGCUGAUAAGACUCCAGCAUGCACAGGAUGCCUGUGAUACUGGUUCUUGCCACCCAGCCAUUGGAGACCUCCUGCUGGGUCGCAGCAAGCAGCUAACAGCCUCGUCAACUUGCGGGAUGGACGGCCCUCAGAAGUACUGCAUCAUAGGCUAUCUUGAGGCUGAACAGAAGUGCUUUCUUUGUGAUUCCAGACAUCCAUAUAAUUCCUAUACACAGCACAACAGCCACAUGAUUGAAAAUGUUAUCACAACUUUUGAGCCUGAUGAUAGGAAAAAAAAGUGGUGGCAGUCAGAAAACGGCGUUGACCAUGUCAGCAUUAGAUUGGACCUAGAAACUGUAUUCCAGUUCAGCCAUCUUAUCCUGACUUUUAAGACGUUUCGGCCUGCAGCGAUGCUGGUUGAACGCUCCGCAGAUUUUGGUCAGACCUGGAAAGCAUUUAGGUAUUUUGCCCAGGAUUGUGCAGCUUCUUUUCCCAACAUCUCUUCUGGUCCAGCAAAAGGUGUGGGAGACAUCAUUUGUGAUUCAAGAUAUUCCGACAUUGAGCCCUCCACUGACGGCGAGGUUGUCUUAAAAGCUUUGGAUCCAAGCUUUGAAAUAGAAAAUCCAUAUAUGCCAUAUAUCCAAGAGCUCAUUACUUUGACAAACCUAAGGAUAAAUUUUACUAAACUCCACACCCUUGGGGAUGCUCUGCUUGGAAGGAGGCACAGUGAUCCCCUUGAGAAGUAUUACUACGCUGUCUAUGAGAUGGUUGUGCGUGGCAGCUGCUUUUGCAAUGGUCACGCCAGCCAGUGUGAUCCUAUGCAGAGCCUGCGGGGAGAUGUUUUCCAUCAGUUUGGAAUGGUCCAUGGGAGAUGCAUCUGCCACCAUAACACUGCUGGCACGUCCUGUGAAAGAUGUAAAGAUUUCUACAAUGAUGCUCCCUGGAGGCCAGCUGAAGGGGCACAAGAUAAUGCUUGCAAACAGUGUAAAUGCAACGGCCAUUCUGACAGAUGCCACUUUGACAUGACAGUGUACCAGGCCAACGGUGGUGACAGCGGCGGUGUUUGUGAAGACUGUCAGGACAAUACCAUGGGGCAACACUGUGAUCAGUGCAGACUUUUCUUUUACCAGGAUCCACUGAAAGUCAUCUCAGACCCUCAUGCGUGCCUCCCCUGUGACUGUGACCCAGAAGGCACACUGCACGACGGUCUGUGUGAAAGCCGCUCAGACCCUGUUCUGGGAACUAUUGCUGGUCGAUGCCCUUGCAAGGAGAACGUGGAAGGAGUCCGCUGUGACAAGUGCAGGCCAAACUACUAUGGCCUGAGUGGCAAUGACCCUCUAGGCUGUCAGCCUUGCAACUGUGAUCCCUCUGGCAGUUUGCCUUUCUCCAGCUGUGAUCCUGCCUCUGGAGAGUGCCUCUGUCAGCGGUAUGCCACUGGGCGACGCUGUGAAAAAUGUGUCUUAGGAUACUGGGGCCUCGGCAAGAGCUUGUAUGGUUGCUCUCCGUGUGACUGUGACAUUGGGGGAUCCCAGAAUAAUUUGUGCUCACCGAAGGAUGGUCAGUGCACGUGUCUUCCCAACAUCGUGAGCCGCCAGUGUAAUGAACCAGCCUCAGGCUACUUCUUUUUACCCCUGGAUUAUUACAUUUAUGAAGCUGAAUAUGCAAAGCCCCUUUCUGGGUCUGCACCUUUGGGUACAGUUCAGUCUGGACAAACCUCCGCUGUGGCGGGUGUUUUUAGGCAGCCCAGCCCCAGCAGGCCUGUCACGUGGACAGGACCGGGCUUCGCUCGCGUUCCCAGGGGAGCUGGACUGAGAUUUACCAUCAACAACAUUCCCUUUGCUAUGGACUUUGAUAUCAUCAUCCGUUAUGAGCCUGAGUCCUUGGAAGACUGGCUAGCAAGUCUUGCCAUUCAACCCACUGGUAUUUUGUCAAGUCAGCGCUGCAAAAACAAGGCCGUUUCACAGGAGUCACAUGCACUGGCUCUUCCAGCUAUGAAAAGAAUUGCCCUUCUGCAAAUACCAGUAUGUUUAGAGCCACGAACAGAAUAUUCUGUGGAUGUUUAUUUUUCUCAGCCGUCUGCCUCUGACCCAAAGGUUAAAUCAUUCAUCUUGAUCGACUCACUUGGACUUAUUCCCAGAAUCAGCUCUGUGGAGAACUUGUGCAGUAAAAAAGAUUUAGAUGAGUACCAGAAGUAUCACUGUAUUGAAAUUGCAUCAGAAGUUGGACCUCACAUCCUGCCUGAAGCAUGUGCAAGGCUCAUAGCAAGCUUGUCAGCUCGCAUUCACAACGGAGCUGUUGCAUGUAACUGCAAUCCCCAAGGGUCGCUGAAUACCAGCUGCAGUAAACUUGGGGGCCAGUGCCAAUGCAAAGCUAAUGUCAUGGGCCGCUGUUGUGACACAUGCUCGGCAGGGAGCUACGGCUUUGGACUCCACGGCUGCUACUUAUGUGAAUGCAACCCCCGAGGCUCCGUGAGCACGCUGUGCGACCAGGUGACGGGGCAGUGCUCUUGCCGCCGAGAGGUUGAUGGUCAACGCUGCAGCCGCUGUCUGGCAGGGUAUUUUGGAUUUCCCAACUGCCGCCCUUGCUCGUGUAAUGGCUACGCAGAGCUUUGCGACCCGGUAACUGGAGCUUGCUUGAACUGUGGAGGGUUUACAGCUGGAAGCCGCUGUGAAAGGUGCAUGGAUGGCUAUUAUGGAAAUCCUAUCAAGAGAGAACCCUGCCGCCCAUGCAUGUGCCCCGAGGCACCUACUAGCAAUAGGUAUUUUGCACAUUCCUGCUACGAAGACUCCCAAACUGCACAAUUAGUCUGCAAUUGUCUCAAAGGAUAUUCAGGCAGUCAGUGUGAUGAGUGUCCUAGCGGGUUCUACAAAAAUCCAGGAAGCCCUGGGGUUGACUGUGUGCCAUGUUCCUGCAACAAUAACAUUGAUUUGACAGACCCAGAAUCCUGUAACAGGGUCACUGGAGAAUGCAUUAAGUGUUUACACAACACACAUGGAGCAAACUGCCAGUUCUGCAAACCAGGAUAUUUUGGCUCUGCUGUUGGUCAGAACUGCCGAAGUGUUAGCCCUGCCGUGUGCCCGGCUGGGAACGAAGCCUGCCUCUGCGACCCCGUCACGGGAGCCUGCCCGUGCUUGCCUAACGUCGUGGGCGUUACCUGCGACCAGUGUGCUUCUGGCUACUGGGACAUGGCUAGUGGAAAAGGAUGUCAGCUCUGUGACUGCAAUCCAGAACAUUCCCAAAGUAACCAGUGUAACCAGUUUACAGGCCAGUGUCCAUGUAAGCUAGGUUACAGCGGAAGGCGUUGUGAUGAGUGUGAAGAAAAUUACUUUGGCAAUCCACAGACGCAUUGCAUUCCAUGCAAGUGUAACCAGGAAGGAACAGACCAGCCCAAGUGUGACCAAGCCACUGGUGCGUGUAACUGCCGUGCUGGUGUCAUCGGGAGGUUCUGUGACCAGUGUGGCCGUGGCUUUGAGAAAGAGUUUCCCUCUUGCCGUCAGUGUCAUCUUUGUUUUGAUCAGUGGGAUGCUGAAAUUACUACCCUCUCUCAGACUGUUGAGGGGUUAAUGAGGUUCGCUGCAAAUCUAGAAGAUAAAGGAGGACGAAUGCCCAGCUGUGAUAUGCACUUCAAAGGCUUUGGAAACACCAUUUCUGAAAUUGAAAGAAUUUUGAAACAUCCUGUUCUUUCAUUGGAGGCAUUUGCAGACAUCAAGGAUUUUCAUGCCUUCAUGCAACAACAAGUUGCACAAAUGGAUACGCUUCACAAUAUAGCGUAUGAAUUUCCUGACUUUAAUGAGAGAAUGGAAAAGAUUGGGGAAGAAGCUGACCUCCUGUAUGAACUUCUGCAACAGAAAAUACAUCUACAUCACAGUUUUCAUUACUUGAACCUCAAAGAGGCUCUCAGCAACAUUAGGAAACAUUUUGAAAUAUCAUUGUUAGCUGAAAAGAAAACCAGUGGGACAAUCCCUUUCUUAAGAUAUUCAGAGUACACCAGAAACAGUGUACUUGCUAUGCUGGACAAUCGUGCCUUGAAAGAAAGCAAUGUACUGGAACAACUCAACAUGAUCAAGACCCCCAACAUCCAAAACUUGAAUGAAAAGAUCUGUGGGGUGCCGGGAAAUCAGCCGUGUGUUACAGCAGCGUGUGGGGGAGCUCUGUGCCAAGAUAGGUACGGACUCAAGCAGUGUGGUGGCCCAGACUGCAGUGGAGCUCUUCCUCGUUCUGCAGAUGCUUUCAGGAAAGCUGAGGAGACUGCUAUGUCAUUAAAAAACUUGACUACUCAGCUACAGGAACCUGAGAACCAGGUUGAAAGCAUCAGAACAAUGGCAGAAGACACCAAGCUGAAAGGCUCACAAUUAAAUGGGGAACUACAGAGAGCUAAGAAUCAAAUUGAAGUUGACCACGAGAUCACUGAGGAGUUCAUCAGAAAAGUAAAAGUCUUCUUGUUAGAUGAGAGCGCACCUCCAGAAGACAUUGAGAAGGUGGCAGACUAUGUUCUGCAAAUAAACCUUCCCCUGACCCCGCGAGAGCUAACAAACAUGCUUGACGAAAUCAGAAACGUUAUGAACUACUGUGAGAAGUACAAACUGAACGUGAAUAAGAGAAACGGAAAAAUGGAAGAAGCUCAGAAGCUACUGGUGAAGGCAAAACGAGCUGACAAAGCAGCAAAAGCUCUUCCACCUGUGGAUGAAAUUAAUAAUACAAUAAAAAAUGUUGUUAACUCCCAAGGACACUCCAAAGGCACUUUCAUAAAGUUAAAUGAAGAGAUACAAGGAAUCAGAACACAAAUCUCACAGGCUGAGAAUCAAGUGAACAAGACAAGUGAUGAACUAAAUGACUUCUCAGCAAAACAAUCUGAGAUGGAAGAUGAAAUUGCCAUGUUGCAGAUGAAAAUGAUGAAGAAUAGGAAUCAAGCUACAAAUGCACAAGCAGGGGCAGAAGCAGCAAACAAGCGAGCGCAGAAUAUCAAUAAUGAAUUUGCUGACAUUAAAAGAAAGUACACAAUUCUUCAAGAGAAGCUAAAAGCUGAAGGACUUCCAAAAGUAACAUUAGAGAAAGUGAAACAGCUGAAAGAAGAAGCAGAAAAACUGGCUGAAGAGACCAAAGAAAAAAUCAAAAGAAUAACAGAUUUGGAAAAGAAGCUCCAGGACCUGAAUCAAACCAAACAAGACAAGGCAGAGCAACUCAGACAACUAGAGGAGCAGGUGAUAGCCAUUAAAAAUGAAAUCACCGAGCAGGAAAGCAAGUAUGCAACGUGCAAAAGUUAGGGUCUGAACAGACCAUCAUGUCAAGUGAACCUCUCCAUGUUUACCAUCUCCCGAACUUCCCAGCAUGGAGUGGAUAUACUCUGUAAAUACAUCUGAAGGUGCAUACAGUGUUUUGGCAUAGGGAACGAUGUAACUUCCUCUUGACUUUUAAUCCAGUUG